GCUUGGAUCCCGCGGAGAGCAACGCCCGGGAAAGGCAGGCGGCGGCGAAGGCGAAGGCGAACGGCGGACCGGUGAAAGGGUGGAGCCCCCGGCGGCGCAGCUACACCCGAGCCGAUAAGGCGCUCUUCCGUGCCGGACCACAGAGAAACGCCGAUCUUCCAGUGGUGCACCGUAAUGCUUUGGCCCCAGCCUCUCCGCAGAGGGACGUGGAUCCUUCUCCUCUGCCUCUGGGUGCAGUGCCAUCGCCAGCUGGCUGCCCCCCUUCCUCAUGGCCUGGAGGGCCAGUUGGGUGAAGCUCCAGAAGGGUCCAACAAAGAGUGGGCAGAGAUGGGCCCAGACGCUGGGCAGCAGAAGGGCAGCAGGGAGGAGCUCUUCCAAGACAUGGAUCCCAAGGCCCUGGCUGCCGUCCUCCUCCAAGCACUUCAGAUUGCACCCCAGGACUCCAAGGAGACACCCCUAAGCCCCAAGCCUGGUGCCAACGAGGAGCGAGUCCGGAGUGAGGCCCGGAGCUCCGAUGUGCAGCUGGAGAGCCUGCCGGGUUGGCUGUCCGACAAGGACAGAGACCAACCGCCACGAGAGGAGGAGGAGGCCGAGGAGAGGAUCUUGGAUCAGCCGGAGAUGGAGAACCUGGAGUCCAUGUUGAAGGAGCUGCAACACUACAGCCCCAUUGACAAGCGAGAGGAACCUUCCUACGGGCACCAGAUGCCCCCUACCCAGUCUCCCCAAGGGGGGCCCCACCCCAACGACAUGCUCAAGGAACUGGAAGAAUACCAGCAGCUCAAGUUCAACAUUAAGCGCAAGGCGCCUCCCGCCCAGGAGCCCUGGACCGGGGCCCGGAAGCUGAGGCAGCAGCAGCAUCUGGAGCACCAGCUCCUGCAGCGCCGUUACGAGGAGCUGGCCGAGAGCCGGAGGCAGGCAGAGGAGGCCCGCAGGGCUGCCGCUGAGGAAGAGCGCCUGGCAGACAUGGCCUCUGACCUGCUUCUCCAGUACCUGCUGAAGGAUGGUGAAGAAGACGAGGACGGCGAAGGCCAGCGAGGGGCCGCCGCCCAGGAGGACUCCGAAGAAGGAGAAGGAGGAAGCAAGGCGGGCUCCCUCCUCUUUGCAGACGGGGAAGACAACGUGGCUGAAGACAAGCGGUCCAACGAGACCCCGGAGGGGGUGGAGGAGGAGGAGGAGGACAUCGACCCCAACACCAUUGACCGCCUGAUUGAGCUGUCCAGCAAGCUGCACUUGCCUGCUGAUGACGUCAUUGACAUCAUUAACCACGUGGAGAAAAAGGAGCCGGAGCCCAGCCUGAAGGGGAAGCAGCUCCUGGCGCCGCCCCACAGCAAACCCAAGAAGGCCCCCCCUCGCCCCAGUGCCCACCAAGAGGCCUCCCACCCCAUCGGCAGGGCCUUCCAGCCGUAUCGCCACCUCCCCAAGCAGGAGGAGGCCGCCUGGAACGAAGUCUUGAAAGGGAACGAGUUCCCGGUGCCCAAGCGGCACCAGGCCAAGGACAGAAGCGCCAAGCUCUCCAACCACAUCAACCCCCGGACUUUCCAAACGCCAGCCUACCACCACUACCACACCCUGCCGGGCCCCCUGGGGCCACGGGACGGCUAUUAUGACAUCCAGGCCCACGAUGAGGACCUGGAGAACUACCUGGAGGGCCUGCUGAUGAAGCACCCCAGGGGCUUCUAG